AUGGUGUACUCGCGGAGAAGGGUUAAGGGGUCCAUAGGGGCCGGGGACGGCACCUCGGCGGCGGAAUGGACGAAGGCGGUAGCUAAACAUAAUGGCGUCCUUGGGCUGACCCUUGAGAAGAUAAUAUUUCCUGAGCACCCCUUCCCUCACAAACCCCGCCUUCUCCAUCACCCUCUGCGACGCCGUAUUGCCAGAUCCACCACCGCCUCCACCCGCUCCAGGUGGGCCCACUCCGCGAACACGGCGCCCGCCGCCAUCCUCACCGCAGCCGUCGCGAUCCCCCUUCCCCAGUGCUCAGACCCGACCACAUACCCGAUUUCGGCCCGGCACCGGUUGUUUCCGCAGAACGGGCUGACCGACACGGAACCCACGGCCCGGCCCGACACGCAUAUGGCCCUGUGCCAUGGGUGCGGGAUAACCGUGGUCGCCACGUGA